AUGCAGUUGGUCAUUUUGCUAUGGAAAAAUACACAGACUGAAAGAUCUUAUCAGAAGCAGCCUACCAUCUUCCAGAACAAGAAGCGAGUGCUUCAAGCAGAAGGAGGGAAAGAGAAGAUACCUUGUUACUACAAAAACAUUGGUCUGGGUUUCAAGACUCCUAGGGAGGCCAUUGAUGGUACUUACAUCGACAAGAAGUGCCCCUUCACUGGCAACGUGUCCAUCCGUGGUCGUAUCCUCUCAGGUGUUGUGACAAAGAUGAAAAUGCAGAGGACAAUUGUUAUUAGGAGGGAUUAUCUGCAUUAUAUUCGCAAGUAUAACCAUUUUGAAAAACGUCACAAGAAUAUGUCUGUGCACCUUUCUCCUUCUUUUAGGUCAUUGAGAAAACGAGCAAACAGUUUCAACAAAGUUUAG